GUAUUAUUGAAUUGACCAUGGGUAGAAAUGGAGUUUGGAUGUACAUACUUGCUGCCGUUGCUAGAUGUUUAGCUUAUCCCGCUCUUCGCCAACAAGCAUACCCUGGAUUAGGGGCUCGUUAGCCAACGUACACAUGUUUCGGCAUUCUUCUCCACCAUCGGCCAUUACGGCUUUCAGCCAUAUAUUGAUACCCUCAUCGUGCGAAGAAGCGUCCCACUCGAUUACUACCAACAGUUAAUGGCUAUUCACACCCGAUGGUUGGAGGCGAUCUGCCAAACUCUACCUUCAUGGCCUGCUGCUUUGAAUUUAGCCGCGGUUUCACGCAGCGCUCGGGUUAUCGGAGGCUGUGGUUUCACAAACCCAUCGUCGAAAAUGAAGGCUAUCCUUAACGGUCUGGCGGGCGGCUUGGUGAGUUCCUCUCGCCAUGGAUGGGUAAUGCUCUUGGGUCGGUUUCCCACGGGCGAGAAGACACUACAGCUUUCAUGAACAUUUCGACGUUUUCCAGGGUAUAGCUGAUAGGGCCAGCUACUGGCGGUACGAUAUAAAUUUGCGUCAUCCUAAAAUUCAAGAUUGGUUAAAACACAAGCCGGAGAAUGUUCCUCGCUGAUAAAAAGGUAAGAAUACACACGAUGAUUUUUCCCAUGGAAUGCGUCCGACGCACGGGAGCAACCCGUACAGCCCUUGUAACGCAGCGGGAAUUCGAAUUGAACCCCCUAUAUCGGUCCCGACACCAAGGAUACUGCCCUGAGCCCCAACCAAAGCACCCUCACCCCCCGAGCUGCCCCCUGAGAUGAGGUGUUUAUUGAAGGCGUUGACGGAUUGACCGAAUACAUGGUUAUACGAAUCCGACAUCUAUCACGGCAGAUGUCAGGAUCACAUUGACACGAGUUUCUCAAUAAAGGAAAACCUACCAUAAGUGACUGUGGUAUAUUCGUUUUAACAUAGAGCACUGCUCCCAAAGAAAGCAGUAGUCUAACAACGCUCCCGGAUUUCUUUGCCGGUUUUCCGAUCAACCCAGCCCACCCUGGAUAGAUGUUUUAUGUCAGUACGUAACAUGAUAUAUACCUUCCACUCCACCCCUUGAACAUCGAGCAGAAUACAUAGGUGUGGUAUUUCAAAGGGAUGCCUUACCAACCGUGGUAUCUAUCCCCUCAAUAUCAAAGCCAUCCUUGAUCGAGAUCGGCAAUCCAUGCAACGGCCCAACGACAUUCCCCGUCCUCGCCAAAUACCCAUCAAGUUCCCUCGCUCGCUCCAAAGCACGUUCGAAAAACAUCUCUGUACAGCAGUUGAUCAACUGAUGCGCAAUGGCAGCCCGUUUACAGAAAGCUGUCGUCACCUCGAAGCUAGACAGCGAUCCAGUUGCUAUCUGGUGCAACAGUGAGACUGCAUCGGUGAUCUUCGUGAUUUGCAGCUCCUCGCUCGAGAGGAUGCCACACGAUUCGAUCACGUCUAUGGAAUUGACGAAAUCCUCGGCAAUAGACUGUAAUCGCCACGCGGGAGGGAUGGAUUCUGCUUGGCUACGGCGCUUCUCCCGAACGAUUUCUUUCCAAUGCACCAUGUUGACUAACUUGCAGGUUUUUAUCUUGGGGAAGAAUUGACGUAUAUAUAUCUAGGGGUUAUGCUUUCAUACUACAACACCGUACACGAUAAAAUUAAAAUGGAAAAAAAUAUGUAUAAACCUGCUGAAGUCGCCAAAGAUAAGAGGUAAAAGCCAAUAACGAAAGCAGACAGAUGGACAUUGGGGAAGAAGUAGAACUAUAAAUACCCGGACACUUUUAGCGCAUGAGAUGUGUACAAUAAAUAAACCUUGCUGCGGAACAGGUUAGAUUGCUCUAUAUGUUUCCGCUUGAAAGUCAAAAACGCUGAUGAAGCCAAUCAACUACAAAUAGCUUCUAAAAACUCAUGAACACAAAUAUUUAUCCUAUAUCCGCCAUGCAUUUGCUGUGAAUUCCCCAUAAAAUGAGUAUUGCCUCUGAUCUGAUAAGUCUCUACCGUUGUACUUGCCAGCUUCGGCUCUCGUUUCCCCGCGUUCGGCAUUGGCGUAUUUAGCCGUUAGCCCCGCCCUAAUCCAGCAAUAUGUUGACGUCGAUGGACGGAACGAUUGCCGAUGGCCGACGAUGAGUAUCUACGAUUCCGUACUCUCCAGACAUUCGACUGCUGAUUGCACUAUUAUUUCCUCAAUGUCAUAACCACUCGUGAACCGGGAGGAAAUACUUGGAUAGGGGGAUAGAAAAUUGAUUUUUAAAACUAAUGUCUAUAUCCAUUUCAAUUUAGCUAUAACAAAAAGGACUCAGGAUGGAGGUUCCCCAACCCUCACCUCAAACCAUCCUAGUUGCGCCAUCCAUUGCGGAGACCUUCGUCCGGACCCUCCUUGAAAAACACGCCGUCCCUCCCAAAAACGCCGCCAUAGUCGCCAAAUGCCUCGUCGAAGCCGAUCUACGCGGCGUCGACAGCCACGGCAUAAACCGCAUCCCUUCCUACCUAACCCGAAUCCGCCAGGGUGUUCUGGACCCCGCCGCCCUCCCCUCCGUGCAGCAGAUAACCCCAGUCGUCGCCCUAGUAGAUGGGCAUAACGGCUUUGGCUUCGUCGCUGCACACACCGCCAUGGACCAUGCCAUUGGCAUGGCGAAAGAGUACGGUAUUGGCAUGGUCUCUGUCAGGCACUCGAACCACUUUGGCAUGUCAGCCUCGUUUGUCCGGCAGGCAGUGGAUGCGGAGAUGAUGAGUCUGGUCUUUACGAAUUCGUCCCCAGCACUGCCUGCGUGGGGCGGCAGGGAGAAACUAAUGGGUGUCUCGCCGAUUGCAUGUGGGGCACCCGGCGGUAAAUCUGGGGUACCGUUCAUCCUUGACAUGGCCCCCUCGAUUGCUGCCAGAGGCAAAAUCUAUAAAGCCCAUAGGCGGGGAGAGCAGAUUCCGGAGGGCUGGGCGUUGGAUGGAAAUGGUGCGCCGACCACGGACCCUGCUGCAGCGUUGAAGGGGGUGAUGUUGCCGAUGGGUGGGCCGAAGGGAUCGGCACUAGCGAUAAUGAUGGAUGUGUUUUCUGGGGUUUUGUCCGGCUCGUCGUUUGCCGGACAUGUUACGGGCCCAUAUGAUCCGUCGAAAGAGGCUAAUGUGGGCCAUUUCAUUGUGGCUAUUAAACCUGACUUGUUUAUGGAUUUGGAGGAGUUCAAAGCGCGGAUGGAUUACUUGUACCAGAGGGUAGUUGGCGGGGAGAAGAUGGAAGGGGUCGAUAGGAUUUACUAUCCGGGUGAAAUUGAGCUGUUAACUGCGCAGAGGAGGGGGGAAGAGGGGAUCCCAUAUGUGCAUGCAGAAAUCGAAGCGUUGAAUUAUGAAGCGGAUGAGGCCGAAGUUGCUCAUUUAGAUAGGAUAUGAUGCGGGGAGCUGCGGGGUUUUGUUGGUACUAGAGCUUAACUACAUACCUCUCUGACAACUGUAAGAUUAAGUUGAGACUAAGAAAAGGCAGUGAGUGAUACAUCUCCUUUGGAAGUAACUGCAGCAGCAACAAGCCUCUCAGCAUCUUGGAUAUCAAAUUCAAACUGACCAUCAGUCAAACGUGCGAAAUAAGCACAAAAGAAGACGAGAAAGCAAGUUAUGAAAGAUAAAACAGCAACCAAGGAACGAAAGAAAGCUGCAGCCUCUAAAAAUACUAUUCCUUUUCCAUAAUUCAUAAUCCGUCCAAUGAAAUGAAAGAAGGACUGAACGCGCGAAUAUCACAACACGAAACGGAAUCAUGUAUAGACAAGCAUAGCCUAGGCGUCUAAUAAGGGAAAAAAGGACGAAAAAAGAAAAAAGAGGCAGCUGUUUUCUUAUUCACCAGUUCUCCGGUUGCAUCGCCCCGGGAUCUCCCCAUUCAGCCCCAUUCAGCCCCGGAAUCGGCUCCCCUUCUUCACUAGCCGCAUUCAGCAUCUCAUCCCCGGUCAUCCCCCACCCCAUGUUCUCGAGCUCUCGCACGAAGAAAUCUCGCUCUUCAUCCAUUAAUGUGUUCCCGUCUUCAAAUGCCAUUGUAUCUUUAUACUUGCGCAGGUGCCACCAGUGCGUGAGGCCGCGCAGCGUUUGCUCCAUGGGCAAUGACUCUUCAACCUCGGCAUCCACAUCACUUCCAGCCAGCCAGUCGUCGCGCAGCUCCGGACGGCAAUAUAGAUAAAUGGCCGUGAUGACGCGCAUGUGGCUCUGGCGCCAUUUCCGCCCGCAGUAAGGGACUUGCGACUUCACCAGCUUGAGCGUGUAAAGGCGAAGACGUGGAUCGGGAACUUUGAUCCCCUUCCGUAGGAUGUUGCUGGAUUUGUACUGGACGAGUAGCAGGCACCUGUGAGCUUUGUCCCGGGUGAUCUUUUGCAUUAUGUGCAAGAAGUUAAUCGACGAGAAGAAGUUUCGGAAGGAGUAGGUGGUGAUCGGCCCUGUGGGCGCGGGUGCACUGGGGUAACCUAACUCAUCGACUUCGGGGAGGGGUGGAGGGUGGUCGGGAGGAUUGGACUGCAACUUUUGUGGUGAUGCUGGGCGAGCGGAGCUGUUUGGUGCAGAUUGCUGGGGUCGGGCAUUGCGAGUAAUAGGGGGUGGGGCUGCAUCAUCCUCGCUAUCGGGUUCCUCCGGUUCGGGUGAGGUUGCAAUUUCCGGGGGUUGGUUAGAAUGGACGUGGCAGAAGUGGAAAAAGCUAAAUCAAAUUAGCAAUUAAGCUCAAUCACUGUUGUAGGUGCAGCUCUGGCAACAUACCUCAGAUCAUCUCGAUCAUUUCGCUGCGCAACAACCCUAUCGAUCUCCUGAUGGAUGAACAUUUUCAAUAUAAGAGGAAGAUAAUUUGAAUCGAGCAGUAAUUGUGUCAUGUAUUCGAAUUUUAGUAUAUCUGGGAAUUAUGUUAGCAAAAUAUCUGACUAAAGCCACAUCCAGAGCUGGAACUGGAACAUACGCGACCGCUUGAGCCAUUUCAGCAUGAUUAAAAGGCACCCUGAAAUAGCAGCGGAAGUUAUUUCUCGGUGUCUGAUGGCGUCGAGUUCUUCACUGCAUUGAUUGUCGUCUCCCCGUUCCAUAUCUUGGGAAGCUGAAUUCGGCGCAGCCAUAUCAUCGAACAAAGAAGCUUUUGCGGGCCUAAUAAGAACAUAGUGUUAGCUUUUCGGAUAUUCACUACUUUCUAUGGAACCAAGAGAUCUCA